UCGAAAAGAGAUCGCACAGGAGGACGGGGGAUGGGGAAGAAAUUUCCGGCAGGAGGAAGUGGAUGGGGAUUAUGGAUCUCACAGUAGGAUGCAGAAUCAGGAAGAGAGAUCCAACAGGAGGUAGGGGGAUGGGAAAGAGAGGUAUCACAGGAGGAAGGGGAACUGGGAAAAGAAUUCCUACAGGAGGAAGGGAGAUGGUGAAGAGAGAUCAUACAGGAGGAAGGGGGAUGGGUAAAGGAGAUCCCAGACGAGGCAGUGUGAUGGGGGAGAGAUCCCAUAGGAGGAAGAGGAUGGGUUAUCGAGAUCCAAGAGGAGAAAGGGGAUGGGGAUGAGAGAUCUCUCAUGAAGAAGAGUGAUAGGGAUGAGAGAUCCCACAGUAAGUGGGAUGAGGAAAGAGAUCCGACAGGAGGAAGGGGAUGGGAAGAGAGAUACCACAGGAGGAAAGGGAUCCGGAAGAGAGAUCACACAGGAGGAAGGGGGAUGGGGAAGUGAGAUCCCACAAGAGGAAGGGGGAUGGGGAAGAGAGAUCCCACAUGAGGAAGGGGGAUGGGGAAGAGAGAUCCUACACGAGGAAGGGCAAUGGGAAGAGAGAUCCUACACGAGGAAGGGGGAUGGGGAGAGAGAUCCCACAGGAGGACGGGGGAUACAAGAGACAGAUCCUACGGGAGAAAGGGAAUGGGAAGGAGAGAUCCCACAGGAGGAAGGCGGAUGGAGAAGGGAGAUUCAACGGGAGGAAGAGGGAUGUGGAAGAGAGAUCCCAAAGGAGGAAGGGGGAUGGGGAAAAGAAUUCCUUCAGGAGGAAGGGGAAUGGGGAAGAGAGAUCCAACAGGAGGAAGAGGGAUGGGGAAGAGAGAUCCUAUAGGAGGAAGGGGGAUGGGGAAAAUCAUCGCUUGGGAGGAAGGGGGAUGGGUAAAGGAGAUCCAGCACGAGGAAGGGGGAUGGGGAAGAGAUAUCCCACAGGAAGAAGGCUGAUGGGGAAGAGAGAUCCCACAGGAAGAAGGGGGAUGGGGAAGAGAUACCCCACAGGAGGAAGCGGGAUGGGGAAGAGAGAUCCCACAGGAAGAAGGAGGAUGGGGAAGAGAUAUCCUACACGAGGAAAGUGAUGGGGAAGAGAGAUCCCACAGGACGAAGUGGGAUGGGGAACAGAGUUCCCACAGGUUGAAGGGGGAUAGAAAAGAGAGAUCCAACGGGAGAAAGGGGAUGGGGAAGAGAGAUCCCACAGGAGGAAGGGGGAUGGGGAAAGGAGAUCCCACAGGUGGAAGGGGAUGGGUUAUCGAGAUCUAAGAGGAGAAAGGGGAUGGGGAUGGGAGAUCCCUCAUGAAUAAGAGUAAUGGGGAUGAGAUCCCACAGUAAGUGGGAUGAGGAAAGAGAUUCGACAGGAGGAAGGGGAUGGGGAAGAGAGAUACCACAGGAGGAAAGGGAUCCUGAAGAGAGAUCACACAGGAGGAAUGGGGAUGGGGAAGUGAGAUCCCACAGGAGGAAGGGGGAUGGGGAAGAGAGAUCCCACAGGAGGACGGGGGAUAGAAAAGAGAGAUCCUACGGGAGAAAGGGAAUGGGAAGGAAAGAUCUCACAGGAGGAAGGGGAUGGGGAAGAGAGAUCCCACAGGAGGAAGGGGGAUGGGGAAGAGAUAUCCCACAGAAAGAAGGGGGAUGGGGAAGAGAGAUCCCACAGGAAGAAGGGGGAUGGGGAAGAGAGAUCCCACAGGAGGAAAUGGGAUGGGGAAGAGAGAUCCCACAGGAGGAAAGGGAUCGGGAAGAGAGAUCACACAGGAGGAUGUGGGAUGGGGAACAGAGAUCCCGCAGGAGGAUGGGGGAUGUCGAAAAGAGAUCGCACAGGAGGACGGGGGAUGGGGAAGAAAUUUCCGGCAGGAGGAUGUGGAUGGGGAUUAUGGAUCUCACAGUAGGAAGCAGAAUCAGGAAGAGAGAUCCAACAGGAGGUAGGGGGAUGGGAAAGAGAGGUAUCACAGUAGGAAGGGGGAUGGGGAAAAGAAUUCCUACAGGAGGAAGGGAGAUGGGGAAGAGAGAUCCCACAGGAGGAAGGGGGAUGGGUAAAGGAGAUCCCAGACGAGGCAGUGUGAUGGGGGAGAGAUCCCACAGGAAGAAGAGGAUGGGUUAUCGAGAUCCAAGAGGAGAAAGGGGAUGGGGAUGAGAGAUCUCUCAUGAAGAAGAGUGAUAGGGAUGAGAGAUCCCACAGUAAGUGGGAUGAGGAAAGAGAUCCGACAGGAGGAAGGGGAUGGGAAGAGAGAUACCACAGGAGGAAAGGGAUCCGGAAGAGAGAUCACACAGGAGGAAGGGGGAUGGGGAAGUGAGAUCCCACAGGAGGAAGGGGGAUGGGGAAGAGAGAUCCCACAUGAGGAAGGGGGAUGGGGAAGAGAUCCUACACGAGGAAGGGCAAUGGGAAGAGAGAUCCUACACGAGGAAGGGGGAUGGGGAGAGAGAUCCCACAGGAGGACGGGGGAUACAAGAGACAGAUCCUACGGGAGAAAGGGAAUGGGAAGGAGAGAUCCCACAGGAGGAAGGCGGAUGGUGAAGGGAGAUUCAACGGGAGGAAGAGGGAUGUGGAAGAGAGAUCUCAAAGGAGGAAGGGGGAUGGGGAAAAGAAUUCCUUCAGGAGGAAGGGGAAUGGGGAAGAGAGAUCCUAUAGGAGGAAGGGGGAUGGGGAAAAUCAUCGCUUGGGAGGAAGGGGGAUGGGUAAAGGAGAUCCAGCACGAGGAAGGGGGAUGGGGAAGAGAUAUCCCACAGGAAGAAGGCGGAUGGGGAAGAGAGUUCCCACAGGAAGAAGGGGGAUGGGGAAGAGAUACCCCACAGGAGGAAGGGGGAUGGGGAAGAGAGAUCCCACAGGAAGAAGGAGGAUGGGGAAGAGAUAUCCUACACGAGGAAAGUGAUGGGGAAGAGAGAUCCCACAGGAAGAAGUGGGAUGGGGAACAGAGUUCCCACAGGUUGAAGGGGGAUAGAAAAGAGAGAUCCAAUGGGAGAAAGGGGAUGGGGAAGAGAGAUCCCACAGGAGGAAGGGGAUGGGUAAAGGAGAUCCCACAUGAGGAAGGGGAUGGGGAGGUGAAAUCCCACAGGAGGAGGGGGAUGGGGAAGAGAGAUCCCUCAUGAAGAAGAGUGAUGGGGAUGAGAGAUCCCACAGGCGGAUGGGAAUUGGGAAGAGACAUCCCACAGUAAGGGGGAUGAGAAAAAUGAUCCGACAGGAGGAAGGGGAUAGGGAAGAGAGAUACCACAGGAGGAAAGGGAUCGGGAAGAGAGAUCACACAG